AAACCAGGUGCAUCAUUUACAGGAAAAAUAUAUAAAACGAAUGCAGACAUUUUGCUGCUGAUCAAUUGCUUUCUUAACUAAAAAAUGGAACGUCACAUUGCGUUUGCCAAGAUAAAGAGUAAAUUACUAACCGAUCAAGGGGCUAUCUGCGACCUUGAAUUGAUAGACGAAAGUGGACAGAUAAUGAACAUUGCUGACUUCUCCCCCAAAGAAAGGGGCUACAAUCUACUGAAGGAGAACUGCACAUACUACCCUGUGAUCAUCAAGAAAAACAGCGACGGCUCUCUCAGUAAUUUCGAUAUUUACGGCAAAGAGAAAUUCAGUCUGGAAAUUAUUACCAAACUAACCACUCAAAUCAAGAAAUGUGUCAACAAACUGUCCAAAAAGAAAGCAGCCGACAACGCAGACGCGGCCGAAUCUCUGGAAGCGGCAGCUGCCAUGUCAUCCACUGGAAAAGUUAGGAAGAAAAAAACAGAAAAGGGUGCCACCGAAUCCUCCGGAUGAAUUAUGGACUUAAACUGCUCCAGUAGUUUUCAAACAGCCAUUUAUGUAUCGUUUCAAAGAUCUACUAACUAUUUCGAACUAAGUUACGAAUUUUUGAGUAGUAUCUUGAAUGCGGAUAUUAAAAGUAGCAGAUUUGCGCUUACCUCGGAGUGAAACUUAUCUUUCUUUGUCAGCUAUAGUGUCCACGCUACCAAAUAAACGAGCAUUUGU